ACGAGCCUGAGGAUCCAGACGCUGACGACGACCGCCGCCACGCCACCGCUAAUUACAAGCUCUGCAUGCGGGAGUUCCGCGACGUGCUCCGUCGCGAGAGGCAGGCGCACCGAGAGUUGACGUCCAAGCAGGUCGAGAUCGAGAAGGAGGUCAAGGCUGGCUCGCCCGACCCAGCGACACUUUCAGCUACCAUGAGGUCGCGGCGCCUGAUGGGCGCAGAGCAGCAGGCGCAUUUCCAGGCGGAGCACGCCCAUUCCCACUCUGCGUUCGUCACCCUUGACUUGUCCACUGAUGAGGCGUUGGAGGCCGCUGGCGAAGCUGCUGCUGAAUUUACGCAGGAGGCAGCAUCGCAAGAGUGGAGGCGCCUCCACGCGCAGAUCAUGACAUCGCGCGUUGAGAAACUCGGGAAGGUACCGACCACUCGUACACAAUGUUUCGAGGCUGGCUAUUGUGUGUGCCAAGGCGACCUCGGAAAACUCAUGAGACUGUUCGUGGCCCGCUUCCGUGCUGCUCUUCGUGGCUUGAAGGCGGCGCUCGGCACGAAGAAGCACUUCAAGCGGCUCGUGAAAGACGUCACGAUGCUGGUUGUUAAGGUCGAGGCUGUGAAUGGCGCUGGGGAGAACCUUGGAUCUGACCUGUGGUUGCACGUCAGUAAGUAUCGUGAACUACCAACGUUGUACCCUACCUUCUGCAAUAUGAUUCGUCUCCCUGCUGAAGACCGCCAUGACUUAAUUGGCGUGGCGCCAGUCCAGGACGGCAGGGUCCCAGACUUCGUCGACAUUUGGGCGGUGUGCCGUCGCUUGCUACCCUUGGAUGAUGCGUUGAACCUCGUGUUCUACAAGCUCGUUGGGGCUCAUGACGAUGCUAUGGAGGUGGUCGUGCAUGGUUUGGACCACGGCGUCGACGACGAGCAGCAGCUUGCAACGGCCGCCGAACCUGAAUGCGCAGCAGGUGACGAUGAUGCCGCGUCCCAGCAUGGAUUCCAUUCCGACUGUGGUUCCUCGGCAGCGCUAUUCAUGGACAGCGACGGGAGCGCUGACGACGACCUGUUCGAAGAGAUGAUGCGCGACAACAUUGAGGAUGACAUCGGGUCCGUGCCAUCGGAUGUUGACUUGGAAGAACACAUCGACCAACAGUUGUGCCAGUUCUCGAAGCCACCGUCUUCAUGUCCAGGCAGCCCUGUCUCGGUGUCGGGCGACGUGCCGAUGGAGCCGAGCGCGCCCUCCAGUGGACCUGGUCAUGUCAAGGCUUCGCGUGAGCUCAAGUGGAACAGUAACGCCAUCACCGUCAACACUGACCAUGGGACCACCAAGUAUUAUAGGGUGACGAAGCGCUUGGUAGCAGAGCUGCCGCUCGCAGUGUUCAAUGUGAAGACUACGCAGGAGAGGUCGUGCGACGCAUCUUUACAUCGUUGCAGGGGGAGGCCGAUCGGCUACUUGAUGGCGUGGCUGAUGCUCCCGAACGUGGAGGGUGGGCGAGCUCGCCAUGUCCGAGGGUUCCAGGCGAGCCUCGACGUUCGAAAGAGAUGCAGGGAGAUGUUCAAAGCGAUCGGUGGUCCCGAGGUCGAGUUCAUUUUGAACCAUGGUGAGCGCGAGCUUCAGCCUGGGGAGCCAGAGGAGCCCGAGUCUGCAGACU